AAUCGGGAGCAGUACAAAUGUUACUGUAAGAGAUAUGAUAUAUCGGUCACGAAGGCAUAUAUCUUCAGAUCUGGCUUGGUCAGUUAAUUGUAUAUCCGUUUCAAGUUUACGAAUGGCAAAGCGUUUAAAUUUUGGAGUGGUUUAUUUGACUUUGACAUGUUGUCUCGUGCUCAAAGAAUCGUCCCUUGGAGGUUUACUCGAUGAAGAUUGCGUUAAACGCUAUUCUGCGUCCUACAAAAGAAAUGCCUCUCAGGCCGGGAGCCAAAAUAAAGAUCACUACCGCGCAGCGCAUGCGGUCGACGGUAAAGAAGAGACGUGCUCAAAAAGCCCGAAAACCAACGACAAUAAUCCAUGGUGGCAAGUCGAUUUGGACAAAAAAAUGAACAUUACCUUUAUUCAAGUGAAGAAUUCGGGACGAACCUCUACUUUGCUUCGCGUGUAUAUAAGAUACAAUCCUGGAGACGGUGGUCAAAUAUGUGGAAACCGUCAUUUGUUGUCUGCAAAUGAGACGAAGAUAAUAAAAUGUGAGCCGAGAUUUGGACAGUCAGUGAAAAUUGUCGAGUUGAAGAAUAAAUAUCUUUCCCUUUGUGAGGUGCACGUUUUUAGCAACACAGUCAAGAUGAACGAAGGAGUUAUAUGCGAUGUGUGGUUAAACGCAAGCGACCAUGGAUACAAUUUUCUUAACCAUAAACAAGAUAGUCAUGCAAUAAUAUCGGCAUUCGAGGUUCCUAAUACUAUUUUUGGACACUAUGCUGUUAGAUUGAAAACAUAUUUCAAUGCGCCGCAAAGUGGUAGUUAUAAUUUUACCUGGUUUUGUGGUAUCAAAUGCACUUUGUACAUCACAGACGUAGACAAGAAAUUAGCGAAUGCAGUUCGUUGUGGAAUUUUCUCUGCAGAAUAUAAAAAGAAUUGUGAUUCAUCGUACCAAUUAACGAAGGGCAAGGUAUAUGAACUUCAAUUUGUUUCGCUCUUCAGCGAAGAAGAAUAUAAUUCGCGAGUUGGUAUUACGUUUCCAGAUGGUGCUAUUGUUAGCCCGUUAAACAGUGGAAUCUUUUUAUCUGCGGAAGCUGCUCGUAUUUUAGCAAAGGAUCCUUGCUAUCAACCAGCUGGGGUGAUAUCUCCUUCUUCGCCACCAAGUAAACAAACAGAGCACGACACGGAGGUUGUAAUCAGCAGUGCGGUUGAUCGACUGUUGCAUGAUAAAACGUCUAACGAAUCGAAGUUUCAGACGUUGGACGAGUUGGAGAAACUUGGAUUUGAGAAAGCAAAGAAGUUGCAGCUUGGGAAGAAGGCCUUUGCAUCAUAUGUUGUUCAAGUCGAACGCUUUGUUUUCGCUGCUGUUUCCAUGAAUUUGAACCUACGUCGUGGAUUUAACUUUCCUAGAGAUUUAGAUAACUUCACAUCUUUCGCUGAUAAGGGUAGCAUCAGUUUCCCGGAAAACGCAUUUCCUCCAAAUACAGGGCGUACGUCGGCUGUAUUCAUGAUGUUCAAGCCCCUCGAUGAAAUGUUAAAACAAACUGGUUCCGAGAAGAAUCAUCUCGCUGACAUCAUUGUAAGCGCAAGUAUGGAACGUGAAAUAUGGAAUGAUAUGUACAAGCCUUUUACGCUGGUGUUUAAACAUAAUAAAGUUUCCAUCAAAGGUAAAAGGCAUUGUGUGUAUUGGCUCGAAAAUUCGGAAUGCAGGAAAAAUGUGAAGUUUGGGCGAUGGUCAGACUAUAGAUGUUCACUUGUUCACCAAAAUGACACGCACACAACAUGUCAAUGCGAUCAUUUGACCAAAUUUUCAGUCUUGUUUCCUGUGCAGGACGGUGCAGGUGAAGAUGAGAUGAAGCUGGAGCUGAUUACAUACGUUGGGUUAUCGUUAUCGUCCGUGGGCUGCAUUGUUACAUUUGCCGUUUAUUUCAUUUUGAGAAUCACGAAAACGCUGAAGACAAUUGUUCAUCUGAACCUGGUCCUUGCAUUGGGUCUUGCUGACUUAGUAUUUCUCCUUGGAAACUUGGCUGAGAAUAACAGGAAUGCUUGUUUCUUCUUAACCGUCCUCGCAUUCUAUCUAUACCUUGCCGUUUUCGCGUGGAUGCUGAUGGAGGGUGUACAUCUGUAUUUUUUGGUCAUUCGAGUCUUUGGUAGCGAUGACCAUCGAAGAAAAAAAUUUUACUAUAUCGUAGGAUGGGGUGCUCCAGGAAUUUUUGUAUCCAUAACAGCGGGAAUACUUGGAUAUGAUUUAAUGUCUGAGAAGCAUUGCUGGUUGUCAGCGGAGUCUGCUUCAAUUUGGGUGUUUAUUGGUCCAGCAUUAUUCGUAGUUGUUGUGAAUACACUUAUCUUAGCGGCUGUUUUGAGAACGACGAUGACGUUAUUGAGAAAUGAUCCCGGACAUCGAAAAGAAAAAUCAGCAAUGCGUACAGUGGCAAUGCUAGUGCCAAUCCUAGGUACAACGUGGGUUUUUGGUGUCGUGGCAUUUGCACACAAGUCUAUCGUUUUUCAAUAUAUAUUUGCCGUCUGCAACGCUUUUCAGGGCUUUUUCAUUUUUAUUCUAUAUUGUCUCUUCAACACCGAGGUUCGCCACGAGUACCAAAGGCGGCGAAAGACGUGGAAGACCGAGAGAGAAUUAGACUCUAAACGAUCACCACAGAAUAAUUCAUUCGAUUUAUGAAAGAAUCUUGGCUGCGUAACCAGACGCGUGUACAUUCGUAUGUUAUAAUAUUUUUACGUAUCGUAAAAACAAUCGCUUGGAAAAGAUAUUUGUUGGGCAUAAACCAAUAUGAUAUAUAUAUAUACAUAUAUAUAUACGCUACGAUUAAUUAUGCCUCCAUCUGCGGUCCGGAAGCUAGAAUAUAUAUAUAGGUAUUGUAGGUGCAACUAUAUAGCCCAUAUGCUUCGGAUCAUUUCACAGACCGCCAGAAAAAGGCACAAGCGCGGGACUGGUAUAUGUAUAGACUUAUCAUUACCAGAAAUUCAGGACAUUAAUUAUCAUAAUGCCAGGAUUUCGCAAUCAAAGAUGACUGCUUUGUUAUAAUAGAAUCAGUAUAUAAGACACGAGACAAAAUUUGAAAAUAAAGCAACUUCUAUCUUACAUAUUGCAGUUGCGGAUUUCGAUUUAAGACGAGCAGAAAC